CUAUGUGUUACCUGGGUGGGAGGGAUCUGCCGGGGACUCGAGGAUAUUGCGAGACGCACUCAGUAGACCACUUGGCUUCAAAGUACCAAGAGGACAAUACUAUUUGUGCGACAACGGGUAUGCGAAUAGUGAAGGCUUUAUCACUCCAUACAAAGGAGUUAGAUACCAUUUGAAAGAAUGGGGACCCUCUUGUGAAGCCCCUCAGACACCGGCAGAAUUGUUCAACAUGCGCCAUACCAAGGCUCGGAACAUCAUAGAGCGAGCCUUUGCUGUGAUGAAAAUGCGCUGGGGGAUUCUUCGCAGUGCAAGCUUUUAUCCUAUAGAUGUGCAAACAGAUCUUAUCAAUGCUUGUUUUUUGAUCCACAAUUUCAUUCGCAGUCAAAUGGAGAUUGAUCCUCUCGAAGUGCAAAUGGAUAGCCAAGGGGAUGAUGGCAGUCGAUCUGAUCCUGAUGAUGAUCGAGUGGAUUUCAUACAGAGCAUCGAACCUACCACCGCAUGGGCUAAGAAGAGAGACGAUUUAGCAGCUGAAAUGUGGCUUGAUUUCAGUUCAUAA